AUGAUUCCAUCCAACAUCAUCACUCCAUUAACCGGGCCUGCUGCUCGGAAAUCUAGAUUGGAAGGUAAACCUUCAAUGCUUCCAAAGCCACGUCGAACAGGAUCCACUAAUCGACUGUCUCCUGAAGUACGAAGACCAAGUGCAAGUUACCGCUCUAGCAGUGUUGAGCCCCCCAGGGUUACUUUUGGUGGUGGCCGUCUGAGCAGAGAAGCGUCUGCCACUAAAUUGCCUAUGAUUGGAAGAUCCAGAUCGCAACAGGGCGAAUCGAAGUAUGGACAAUCGACGACGACUCCCUUACGUCCCAGUCAUUAUUCUCGACCGACCACCACUCCUGAGCGAACGCCGUCAAAAGACCGAUCGAAUAGCUGGCAAACAUCGCUGGAUCGAGCCUUAGCUUUUGUUACCAUCAAGGAUCAAAGGCCGAUAUCGAGCGCGGCGUGGCAGCGCGUGGAGUACGCGCGCGUGACCGAGGCGCUGGCGGGCGCGGACGGCGCGCCUAGCAUGGUGCUCCUCCGCCCGCUCAGCAUCACGCGCUUCGUCGACAUCGUGGGCGCACUGCUCUCGCGCAUCUCGGGGGACGCCAAGCUCAACAACGACAACUACAUCACCAAGGUGCCGCACCAGUCCAAGCGUCUAUUGUAUCCGGGGACAGUUUCGAAGUCAUGGCUCCGAACAGUGAACACUCUGCACGCAUUCCCACAUGCUCUGGCCCUCUUCGUUUAUCUCUUGGAUCUCGCCAAUCAUAUUGAAACUCCAGUCGAGGAGGAGUGGCUCUGGAUGGAGAAGGAUGAAAUGACUUGUCUCCGUCGAGAUUAUCUGUACCAAUGCUGGCUCAGGUUUCAAGACCCGGGCUAUCAGUUUGACGACCUCAAUAAGAAAUACUUGCAGGACCUAAGCUUGCUUCUUGGCAACGAUGAAGAAAAAAUUGGAGAGUUACAACUAGUUAUAAAAAAGUACUCGGCGUGCCUGGAAGACGAGGCGGAGGCGGAGGCGGCUGCCAGUGCGGAAGAGGCGCAGCGGAAUGCGCGGCGCGACGCGCUGAGCGUAGCGCUGCGGGCCGAGCGCGCGCAGUGCUUGCAGACGCGCGCGCAGGCGAACGAGCUGCGCUCCGCACUGCACGACAAGCACGAAGCGCUUCGCCUACUCGACCUGGAGAUAGAGCGCGCGCAGGCGGAGAUCCAGCGGCUGCAGGAGGAGGUGGCGCAGCAGCCGCUGUCGGUGAGCGAGCGCACGCGCCUGCUGGACGAGCUGGACUACGCGCUGCGCGUGCACGACUCCAAGCGCGCGCUCGCCGACCAAAUAUCCAAGAUGGUUUUGAACAAAGAAACUGAGCUUGCACUGUGGCAGAAGAAAACCCUGGACAGCUGCGUGGAAUACAAUAAAGGACUCGUACACCUCGCUGCUGAGUUCCCGGAGCUGUUGGCAUAUGCCAUUGAUGAAAAGGAGUUGAUGGGCGCGGAGAUCGCUGAGAAUGUAGCUGCUCGUGUGGCCGCGCUGCGCGAGCGAGUAGACGCUCUCACCCGCGCCCGCGCGCACCGCGCCGCCGAGCGAGCCGCGCGCCAGAGACAGCGCGCCCGCCGCCUGGAGGAAGCCCAAUCGAAGUUAGCAGAGCUUAAGUCCUUUGUGGAGCGCGAACAACAGCUACUUGAUAACGAAGAUAAUAAAGAGAGUGCAGAAGAGGCGGCCUGGAGCAGUGAGAAGUUGGAGAUCAGUAAGAAACUGGAGGAGCUGCAGAGCGAUCAGGAACAUCACGCCAAGUUGGAGAGUGAGCUCGAGUUCUGGGAGAAGCAAGACCUAGCCUGGCGCAGUAAGUUGAGUGCGAUGUGCGAAUACAUCGAACUACAAAAACAAGAAGCUAAAGAAGUCCUUGAGGAAGCCAAAGAGAAACGGAUAGCCAUUGUUCGAGACACUAUUCGCGUCUGGAACGAGAAACUAGACCAAUGUUUAACUGAGGAUAACCAACCAGGAGAUGGGCAUCAGCGUCUUCCUGACAACAACUAA